GAACCACAAGACUGAAGAGUGACUGAGAGCUAUAGUGCUUUCGUUGGUCCACUGACAGCACGUGAAGCAUUGGUGGUCCAGUGGUAGCAUUCUUGCCUUCCGUGUGGGAGACCCAGCGCACUUCAUGUGCGGCCACUACCCAUUUGUCAGUGGAGGCUCGCAAGUUGCUAUGAUGCUGAACAGGUUUCAGUAGAGCUGCUACACUAAGGCGGUGAUGAAGAAUGUCCUGGCAAUCUUCAAAAAAAUCAGCCAGUGAAAACCCUGUGGAUCACCAUGGUCCGAUCUGCAACCAGUUGUGUGGAUGGCUCGGGAUCAGGCAGCAUCCAUUCUGGUGAUGGCUGUGGACAUAUAGUGACCUACCAGGACAGUGGCACAAUGACAUCUAAGAAUUACCCAGGGACUUACCCCAAUCACACUGUUUGUGAAAAGACUAUUACCGUACCGAAGGGGAAGAAGCUGAUUUUGAGGUUGGGAGAUCUGAAUAUAGAAUCCCAGACCUGUGCUUCUGACUACCUUCUCUUCACCAGCUCUUCUGAUCAGUAUGGUCCAUAUUGUGGAAGUAUGACUGUUCCCAAAGAACUCUUGCUGAACACAAGUGAAGUAACUAUUCGCUUUAAGAGUGGAUCCCACAUUUCUGGGCGGGGUUUUUUGCUGACCUAUGCCAGCAGCGAUCAUCCAGAUUUAAUAACAUGUUUGGAACGAGCUAGCCAUUAUAUGAAGACAGAAUACAGCAAAUUCUGCCCAGCUGGUUGUAGAGACAUAGCAGGAGACAUUUAUGGGAAUGUGGUAGAUGGAUACAGAGAUACCUCUUUACUGUGCAAAGCCGCCAUCCAUGCAGGAGUAAUUGCAGAUGAACUGGGUGGCCAGAUCAGCGUGCUUCAGAGUAAAGGGUUAAGUCGAUAUGAAGGAAUCCUGGCCAAUGGUGUGCACUCAAGGGAUGGUUCCCUAUCAGAUAAGCGAUUUCAGUUUGCCUCCAAUGAUUGCAGCAAAUCCUUGAGCCUGGAACCUAACAAGCAAAUCAGAGUUCACUGGUCUCCUGGCCACCAUCAGGAUCAAGGCCCAUCAUGGGCUUCAGGGGACAACAACAACAACCGCAAACAACGAGAGUGGCUGGAGAUAGAUUUGGGAGAGAAAAAGAAAAUAACAGGAAUUAAGACCAUAGGAUCCACACAGUCGAGUUUCAACUUUUCUGUUAAGAGUUUUGUAAUGAAUUUUAAAAACAACAACUCCAAGUGGAGGACCUACAAAGGAAUUGGGAAUAAUGAAGAAAAGGUUUUCCAAGGAAACUCUAACUUUCGGGACUCAGUGAGAAACAAUUUCAUCCCUCCCAUCGUGGCUAGAUAUGUGCGGAUCAUCCCCCAGACUUGGCACCAGAGGAUAGCCUUGAAAGUGGAGCUCAUUGGUUGCCAGAUUACAAAAGGUAAUAAUUCGCUGGGGUGGCACAAAACGAGUCAAACUACUGGUGUUUCAACUCAGAGAGAGGAUGAGACAAUCACAGAUCCCAUCCCCUCAGAAGGAAUAACCACAGGAGUAAACUUCACAACUGUUGUUAUUCCGUUGGUGCUCCUGGUUGCCCUACUGGUUGCUGGAAUGGGAAUCUUUGCAGCCUUUAGAAAAAGGAAGAAGAAAGGAAAUCCUUAUGGAUCGGCUAAGGCUCAGAAAACAGGCUGUUGGAAGAAAAUUAAGUAUCCUUUUGCCAGACACCAGUCAUCUGAGUUUACCAUCUGCUAUGAUAAUGAAAAGGAGAUGACCCAAAAGUUAGAUCUCAUUACACGUGACAUGGCAGAUUAUCAGCAGCCUGUCAUGAUUGGCACUGGGACAGUCACAAGGAAAGGCUCCACCUUCCGGCCCAUGGACACUGACACCAGUGAGGCAGGGCUGAGCGCGGACGCUGGCAGCCACUACGACUGCCCUCACCGAGCCGGCCGCCACGAGUACGCCCUGCCCUUGACCAACCAGGAGCCGGAGUACGCCACGCCCAUCGUGGAGCGGCACCUGAUGAGAGCCAACACCUUCUCGGCGCAGAGCGGCUACCGCGUCCCCGGCCCCGCACCCACGCACAAACAUUCGCUUUCUUCCGGCAGCUUCUCUCCUUCCGGAGGGGCAGGCACCAAAAGUGGAGACUAUCAAAUGCCACAAAGCCUCAAGCCUGUGGACGGGGCGUAUGAUCAGCCCAAAGUGAACAGCUUCUUCCCCGCAGAGAGAAGAGAUUCAGACUAUCUGAAGCCACAGAUGAGUCCCCUACUGAGUGAUGGGUAUUCAGCACCUAGAGACUGCCCCAAACCCAUCAACCAGACGGCCAUGACGGCUCUUUUGUGAACACAAUGUGAAAGAAACCUGCUGUGGUACUGAGCGUCUGGGCUUGUGCUGUUGUCACUGGAAGAAGGGAGACUGCAGUUCAAGUGUGUGUGUGUGGCGUGUGUCGUUUAUUAGGAUCCUGCAGUGAAGUCCGCGACGGCAGUGGCUUAGUGGAAGUGAAGUCCUAGAGACAACCUCAUACUGUUUACCAAACUGUGCAGCUGAUUUUGUUCUGACCCUUAGGGCAAUUGUUGACUUAGAAAUAGAAAAAUGAAAAUAUUCAGAAGGUAUUUUCAUUUCUCUAACUGUGAUACUCAGCUGCUUUGGUGUAAAAUGUGCAAUCUGUACAGAAUCGUAUUUAACAAGAAUUAAAGUAACUUAAGUUUGCUUUAUCAGAUGUUAGUUCUGCACAGAGGUUAAGUGGAAAUAUGCAGCUGUGGCAAAAACAUAUAGUUAUGUUCACUUUUAAAAUAUAUUUCGUCUGAUACUGUGUUAGCAGCAGGUCUGUUUAAACUUAAUCUUCUUGUUAUUGUGGCUCAUUUUCUUUCCUCUGAUAACUAAAACUAAGAGCAUUUUUAACAUUCUUCUCCUGGAAGAAAUGAAAUUACUUGAAGCAUGAAAAGCACACCAGGGUGUCGUUUAGCAAUUACGUUUGUAGAUUAAAGAGUAAAAAAAUAAAAACCAACUCAGCAGCUGCCAUAGACUGCUUCACAUGGGGAUGUGACGUGGUCAGUCAGCACAUGCGCAGAGAGGCGGGUCCCUGUAGCGGGCUAGAGACUUCAGUGACCUAGGCCUUAGAAAACAUGGCUGUUUCAUCCCAUUUUGCUUCUUUCUCGCCUCAGGCCUGACUGAUACUAUGCAGCCUUCACAUGCAAAUCUAUCUUGCAAAGCCAAGUGCUGAGAUUUACAACAACCAAAACUGCCCUUCCCACAAAACGAAAGGAAGGUGGCACAGCAGUUACAGUCUGGAUUCCUGUGUCAGAUGUUUUUGUACCUCAGAUUAAAAAUGUUCCUGAGGUCAGAUGCCCACACUUGUCAAGAUUUUCUUCAGAAAUAGAACAUUUUAGUGACUUCCAUUGUACCCUGGGGAUGGGAGAGAGUUAUUUCAAGUGUGCUCUUACAAAAGUGAUCAAGACCAAAUCUAAAUGGUGCUUUUCUACUGAGGUGGUUGGGAACUGAACUUAUUUUUUUAAGAAACAAUUUUCCCCGCAAGCGUGUGUUUGUAAUUCUAGAUUAGGCCAGACCUCAGCUGUACCUCAUGUCCAGUGAUUUUUAUUUGAGCUUGCUUUGUGAAUUAACAGUGGGGAAAGUUAGCCUCUUUUGCCAAAGAGGAAAGUUGUUGUUUUUUAACAGAAAACGUUGACCAAAAAGUCCUUUUCCUAAAAAAUGUAUUAUAAUCUUAUUGGUAUGGUUAUCACUUUCUGAAAAAAAAAUUCUGUGAAGUGUAUAAAUGCAUAAACUAGUGAGGUUGCUGGAAGGUCAUGGUCAACAAUCUGUUGGU